CAAAAAUUAAAAUUACCGUUUUUAUUCAGUUGGUCUUUGGAGCGAGGACACCCAUCUAAGGCUCAAAGUUUAGCGAAACUUCAGCCUCUUCUCAUCGGAGAUCUCAAGAUUUGUUGUUGUUUAUCACAUAUAAGUCUGUUGCCUCUGCCAUCAUAGAAACAGGAAAGAAGAAAAUUUAGGAUAGAAAAAGAGGGAAGGAAGAUUGAAUUCUGUUAUUCAAGAUGUCUGAAUUCCUUGAUCUUGAGGUCCAAGAUGGUGUUAGGAUGGCAUGGAAUGUCUUCCCGGGGACGAAGCAGGAAGCCACAAGCUGCGUCAUCCCUGUUGCAGCCUUAUACACUCCACUUAAGCCCAUUCCCACUGGCUCUGUCCUCCCAUAUGCUCCAUUGCGUUGCCGAAUGUGCCGCUCCAUUCUUAACCCCUUCUCUGUGGUUGACUAUGCCAAUAGAAAUUGGAUCUGCCCCUUCUGUUUCCAGAGAAACCACUUUCCCCAGCAUUACUACUCAAUUUCUGAGGAUAACCUCCCUGCCGAGCUUUUUCCACAGUUCACCACUGUUGAGUAUGAAUCUGCUCCUGAAGCGGCCCCUACAACGCCCCCGGUCUUUCUGUUUGUUGUUGACACAUGUAUGAUUGAGGAGGAAAUUGGAUAUUUAAAAUCAGCCCUUUCCCAGGCGGUUGAGCUGCUGCCUGAGAAGUCCCUUGUUGGGCUCAUUACCUUUGGAACUUACGUGCAGGUUCAUGAAUUGGGAUUUGGUCAGAUCCCUAAGUCCUAUGUGUUCAAGGGAUCAAAGGAGGUGACAAAAGAGCAGCUUCUUGAGCAGAUGAAUUUCUUUGUACGGAAGCCAAUGCCAAAUGUGGGGGUGAUUGCUGGUCCUAGAGAUGGGCUCUCAGCAGAGAGCAUCGCUAGGUUCCUCUUGCCUGCCUCAGAGUGUGAAUUCAUACUGAAUUCAGUCUUGGAGGAGCUUCAAAAAGAUGCUUGGCCUGUCCCAGCAGAUGAGCGUGCAUCAAGAUGCACCAGCACUGCCUUGAGUGUGGCUGCUUGUUUACUAGGUGUUUGUGUUCCUGGUUCUGGUGCAAGGAUUAUGGCCUUUGUUGGUGGGCCAUCAACAGAGGGACCUGGUUCUAUUGUGUCAAAAAUUUUAUCUGAACCAAUUCGUUCGCAUAAAGACCUGGAUAAAGGCUCUGCUCCAUUUUAUAAUAAAGCUGUUAAGUUCUAUGAAGGGCUCUCAAAACAACUUGUUCAUCAAGGGCAUGUUCUUGAUUUGUUCGCUUGUGCUCUUGAUCAGGUUGGAGUGGCCGAGCUGAAAGUUGCUGUUGAGAAGACUGGUGGAAUUGUUGUUCUUGCAGAAAGUUUUGGCCAUUCUGUUUUCAAAGAUUCUUUUAGGCGCAUAUUCCAGUCAAAUGAUUAUGAUCUUGGUCUAUCAUUCAAUGGUGUUUUUGAGGUUAACUGUUCAAAGGAUAUCAAAGUUCAAGGCAUCAUUGGUCCAUGUGCUUCUCUUGAAAAGAAAGGUCCUCUUUGCUCUGAUACAAUUGUUGGGCAAGGGAACACUAGUGCCUGGAAGAUGUGUGGUCUUGAUAAAGAAACAUCUUUAUGUUUAGUGUUUGAGAUAGCUAGAAAAGAUGGUCCUGACGCAAUUGGACAACCUACAAACAAUCAGUUUUACCUCCAAUUUUUGACUUAUUAUCAGCAUCAUGAGGGCCAAAUGAGGUUGCGUGCUACCACACUAUCAAGAAAAUGGGUAGCUGGUCCUGGCUGCCUGCAGGAUUUAGUAUCUGGCUUUGAUCAAGAAGCUGCUGCUGCGGUCAUGGCACGUUUAGUUUCUUUAAAAAUGGAAUCAGAGGCUGAUUUUGACCCUAUCAGAUGGCUUGAUAGAUCAUUGAUUCGUUUAUGUUCAAGAUUUGGAGAUUAUCAGAAAGACAACUCAUCAUCUUUUAGCUUAUCUCCACGAUUUUCUAUUUUCCCUCAGUUUAUGUUUAAUUUGAGACGGUCCCAAUUCGUCCAGGUGUUUAAUAACAGUCCAGAUGAAACUGCAUAUUUUCGAAUGAUCCUAAACAGAGAGAAUGUUGCCAACUCCGUUGUUAUGAUACAACCAUCACUAAUAUCCUACUCCUUUCAGUCGGGCCCUGAACCAGCUCUUCUUGAUGUUACUGCAAUUGCAGCUGAUAGGAUCCUACUCUUAGAUUCCUAUUUUACUGUUGUAUUGUUUCAUGGAGCAAGCAUUGCUCAGUGGCGGAAUGCUGGCUAUCAGAAUCAGUCUGGACAUGAGGCAUUUGCUCACUUGCUGCAAGCCCCUCGGGAUGAUGCAGAUGCAAUAAUGAAGGAACGAUUUCCUGUUCCCCGUUUAGUUGUUUGCGACCAAUAUGGUUCACAGGCGCGGUUUCUUCUCGCAAAAUUGAAUCCUUCAGUGACAUACAACUCCGAUAAUCCUCCCCCGCCAGGCGGUGAUAUUAUAUUCACCGACGAUGUCAGUUUUCAGGUGUUCUUGGAUCAUUUGCAGCGGUUGGCAGUACAGUAACACGGAGAUGUAGCGGUCCCAGGGCCGAAUUGUAUCCAAUUCCUUUUAUGAUCAUGAUGUACAGUAGGGAGCUCAUUUUUCAUCCCAUGAACUGUAUGUUGAAUUCUUACUUAGGUUUUUACUGUGUUCGGCGAUUAUAUAAAGGUCGAGACGAGAAAUAUUAAUUUGUUUUGAAUUAUUGUAUGAUAGAUAAAGAUUUUUGUUCGAUGAAUUUGAAACAGUGUUUGGAAGAAGUCCAGAUUGAUUUUGGUUGUUCGGUUUGC